AUGAUGAGCAAGGUUCAGCCUAGAAAGACGCUCUUCCCUUACAUCCAGAAAGGCCAGGUACUCUUUAAGUGUACGAUUGGCUCAUUCCACAAUGGCUUGACCAGUGGAAUUGUACGGAAUACCAAAAACGUGGUUAAUUUGCCACUGCGUGCAAAAAUCCGCAAAUCUGUGAAAAAUAUAGGCGGGGCCAUUAUCGGAUUUUAUCUGUCGGGGGUGGCCCAUAACGGCCACCGCACCAAGAACGUGAUUAAUCACAUGUUUGGCUUGUUCGCCCUGUUGGGGGGUGGCCCAAAUAUAAUGAGAGGGACAGCCGAGAAGUCGGCCGUGAAGAGCCAUCCGCACCCGGACAUGCAUCAUGGCAUUCGGGUGCCGCCUCAGGCGGCUUGGGGGGCAAGAUCCGAGGACACAGAAAGUGACUUUGAAGAGGCAGCAACAAAUACAAAGUUUGAUAUGAACUCCACCAGUCUGGUAACUGGGUUUAAAAUUUUCCAGAAUUACAGCAAGAUUCUCAAUUUAGCAGGAAGCAAUCUUGUGGCUGUGAAAGCAGUGAUGUUUAAGAACUUGAUUCGCAUUAAGUGCCUUGACCUAUCACAAAAUAGCUUAAGUCAAUCUAUAAAUGGCUUGCAGUUCACCCACUUGAACAACUGCCUCAUGCUGGAUCUUUCCUACAAUAAAAUUAAUUUGUACUUUGAAACUGCCUUUACUGAGCUCCCCCUCCUGGAGGCCUUGGAUCUCCGUUACAACAGUUACCACUUCUUGAUGCAGGGUAUUGGUCACAACCCAAAUUUCAUAGCACACCUCAAAUCUCUGUGGUACCUUAGUUUGGCUCAUAGCUCUGUUGAUUCUAUUUGUAAUUUGGUUAUCAGCAGCACCUCCUUAAAGGUUCUGAUGUUCAACGGAAACCAAUUAGAGAUGAUGUGAGAGCAUGAAUACAUCUACCUGAGGUUUUUCCAGAAUCUGACCAAUUUAAUCAAGUUAGGUAUCUCCAGUAAUCACUUGAUGGGCCUCCCUUCACAGAUUCUUGAAAACCUGCCUAAGACUGUAAAGAUCUUGUGUGUUAGGAGUAAUCACAUCACUUUUUUCAACUGGACCAACCUGCAGUUCCUGCCUAACCUGGAGGUGCUGGAUGGUAAUGAUCUCCCCUUCUUGUCCUGCCGCAGCAUUCCCAGGAAGGCCAAGCUUCGAAAGCUGUUUCUGAGCAAAAACAAGAUAGACGAUAUCUGCAAAUACUUCUUUGCCAAUGUCGAUUUACUGUUUGACUUCAUCAUCAUGAACAUCACAAUACCCAACCUGACUAAUGAAGUCACCUUUGGCUCUCCAUGCGAGGUAAAGGGCAAGAGCAUCUUCACCCAUGAACUGCUUUUCUGCUCUGAAAACUCUGUCUCACUCUGCCUGUUUGGGUUUUCUGUGCUCUUCACCUUGGCAUUCUUGGCUGUGCCUACCAUGGAAUGCCUCUUUGGCUGGGACCUCUGGUACACCUUCUAUCUGUGCUGGCACAUUUCCAGGCAUGCUCAGUGAAGAAGUAGUGCCGAAGAGGUGGAAUAUGAUGCCUUUGUGGCUUUCAACAAAGAUCAGAAAGCUGUAACCGACUGGGUCUAUAACAAACUCCAAGUCAGAAUGGAAGAGAGAGGCCUCGCUCGGCUCAAAUUUUGUCUUGAAGAAAGAGACUGGAUUCCAGGGAGAUCCUUGAUGGAAAACUUGUGGGAUUCAGUCCACAAAAGCAAGAAAAUAAUUUUUGUGCUUCCAAGUUCCACUGUGAGUAGCAUCCUGAGAAUUACCUUUCACCUGGCGCAGCAGCGGUUGUUGGAGGACAAAAAGGAUGUAGUGGUGCUGGAAAAGAUGCAAAAGAAAUCCAAGUACCUUUAGCUUCGGAAAUGUCUCUGUAGGAAGACAGUCUUGUUCUGGCCCAAAAAGCCCUGUGGGCAGCAGUAUUUUUAGGGCAAGUUAUGAACAGUCUUGGGCAAGGAUAACCACAGGUUGUACAGCAAAAAAUUCAGCCGGAGCUUUUAAGAUGGACAAAUAGAAUUUAACUUUUUUUUGGAGUGAGGGAAAAGUCCUCUUUGCUGGAUCCUAUCAACAGGGUCAUAAAAUAUAUGCUGUCCCGCAUAUGACCAUCAAAAGAUCUUGCACAGAAAGAUGAUAUUGAUCAUUUGGUUAAGAUUUCAAACUCGAUCUGAGGGAAGUUAGUAUUUAUUGGGGAGAACUGUCUACCUACUGAUGAGAACCAGGACU